UUCUCGACCCAAUUUCUGAGAUUUGAGGUGACACCCCUGUCUUUCCCUUCUAUUCCCUGGAGUCCAAGAAAACUAAAUCAAAAACCCUGCUGCCAUGUGUCACAAAUUCAUAAAUGGAAACUGGCUACAGUAACUCUUGGUCUUGGAGGAAAAAGUGAAAUUUUGAAGCAAUCACUUCGUUAAAAGAGCCAAUCCACCUUCUGAGGUUCUCCAACUCUGUUUGGUACGGAGUGGGAGUUCCUCUUCCCUGUCUGUCCUCCCUGGAUCAGGAGAAUGUUCCCCACCAAGGGCUCAACGCUCAAGAAGCUUUAACUACUACACAGGAAACAGGACCCAUGACAGGAAGCGUUCCCGUCUCCCUCGGCGUAAUGAUACGUGGCUACGCUAGCGUGAUGACGUCAGCAUGUUAGCGUCCUUCCGCGGGUCAUCUCCGGCACCUCCUGGAAAAGUAGCUUGUUUGGCGGUGCCCUCUGAUCGUGUUUUGUUGUUGCUCCUGGCAUCGUAGACCCUCUGUCUACGAUCCCCUUUGUUGGGCGGAUCUGAGCCGUGGGCCAGCGACGCCGAGGCUGCUGCCAUCGCUCGUGUGAGAGGAGGCUGGAAGAAGCCCCGGUGCGCGCUCCUGGGCCCAAGGCGCGUUCCCGACCGGCGUGGCACAGAUUUGCGCUGCGGGUCCAGCCAUCCAUCCGAGUCUGUGGGGAGGGAGGAGGCACAUGUGUUCGUGUUUAAAGCAAAAACAAACCUAAACCAUCAGAUGGUCUAAAGAAAAGAAAAAAAAAAUCCUCUUCAUUUUUUUAUCUGUGGAAAGGGAUAAAAAUAAGAAAAAUGUCCCUUUUCCCAAAUAUAUCCUUGAGGCCUGAAGUCGAAGACUACCUCAGGUCGAGCUUUAAGAAUGAGGAGGUAGGUGGACAGGGAAGUGGUUAGAAUGGGUUGGUUCAGAGCGGCCCAGGCCGCAGGACAUUGGAGGGAUAAGAAGCCGAGACCCCCGAGGAAGUUCGGUGGUGAGGGACUGUACCAGACUUCCCAGCACUGACCAGAGGGCCAGCGGAAAAGAGAUCCGGGCCAGAAACGCAUCUUUGAAAUCACGUGUUGCAAGAACAAGGGAGAGAUUAUUUUAAAAAGGAAGUUGAGUUGUAAACACCACAAUUUCUGGUGCAGUUUUUGCCUCGUAUGGCAACUGCUUUAGGUGUGCAGGAAGCAGAAAGGAAAUUUGAAGCCUUGUUAAAUCACUUGUCACAUCCACCAGCAUUCACAACUGUUAGAGUGAAUACUCAUUUAGUGUCUGUGAAACAUGUGAAAGAUUUGCUGCUUGAAGAAAUACAUAAGCAAUUUAAUGGAUUAAGUGUUCCAAUUCUUCAGCACCCAGAUGUUCAAGAUGUAUUACUUAUUCCUGUAAUUGGACCCAGGAAUAAUAUAAAUAAACAGCUGCUUGAAGUCAUUGUAGGAGCCCAUUGUGGUAAUGCCGUGCUCAGAGGAGCACAUGUCUAUGUUCCAGGAAUCAUGUCUGCUUCAAAAUUUAUGAAAGCUGGAGAUGUUGUCUCUGUUUAUUCUGAUAUUGAAGGAAAAUGUAAAAAAGGAGCUAAAGAGUUCAGUGGAAAAAAAGUAUUUCUUGGAAAUGGGAUUUCUGAACUUAGUCGCAAUGAAAUUUUCAGUUUGAACAGCCCACUAAAAGGCAUAGGUAUACGAAUGACAGAACCAGUGUAUCUUAGCCCUUCAUUUGACAACGUACUGUCUAGUUCCUUGUUUUUGCAGAAUUUACCUUCGGUGGUGGUAAGCCAUGUUUUGAAUCCUCAGCCUGGAGAGAAGAUUCUGGAUAUGUGUGCAGCACCUGGAGGAAAAACAACCCAUAUUGCAGCAUUAAUGCGUGAUCAGGGUGAAGUAAUAGCAAUGGACAAAAUACCCAGUAAAGUAGAAAAAAUAAAACAGAAUGCUGCAUUAUUACAACUGAACUGCAUCAGGGCCUUCUGCUGUAAUGGAACAAAGGCACUUGGGAAGAUAGAGGAUGGACAAGGGGGACCACCAUUCUCACCCGAAUCCUUUGAUCGAAUUCUUCUUGAUGCCCCCUGCAGUGGGAUGGGGCAGAGACCAAACAUGACUUAUACUUGGACUCUAAAGGAAGUGAUGUCUUACCAGCCAUUACAAAGGAAACUCUUUACUGUGGCAGUUCAGCUUCUUAAGCCAGGGGGUGUGCUGGUCUAUAGCACAUGUACAAUAACACUAGCAGAAAAUGAAGAACAGGUGGCUUGGGCUCUCACAGCUUUUCCUUGUCUUCAGCUUCAGUCCCAGGAACCACAUAUUGGAGGAGAAGGAAUGAUGGGGGCUGGCCUAUCACUUGAACAACUGAAACAGCUGCAGCGUUUUGAUCCAUCCAUUAUACCAUUAAAGUCCACUGACAUAACCUCUAUUAGAGAAGCCAGGAGAGAAGACAUGAUUUGGUUAGCAAAUAAGGACUGUAUAGGGUUUUUUAUUGCAAAAUUUGUAAAACGUGAAAGCAUUUAGGAAAAGAAUGAUUAGAAGUCAAAAUUCCACUUGGUGUUUGCUACAUAAAAUAUUAUUGCUGCAUUGUUGUUGGAUCCAGUCUGAUAUGAUUGCUAUAGAAGCAAGAAAAUCUUGCCAAUGAAGAGUCACAGGUUAAAGAAGUCAAAGAGGUAGAGUGAAAUUAUGUUUAUAAAGGAUUCUUUUUUAUUUAUAAUGUCUUUCACAGACUACAAAGAAAGAAGAAACCUUCAAAUGUAUGAAAUUUUCUUCUUUGCUGGUCUGCCUUUGUUUAUAAGGAAUGUGCUAUAGUAAAUUGCAAACUAUAUUUUCUAUACCUUUUUUACAUUCAAAUUUAACUUAAACAAACCAACCAAAAACCCCAUUCCUUCUGACCUGGAACCAAUAUUGGUUCUAUGGCAGACGAGUGGUAUAGGCUAGGUAGUUGGGGCUAAGUGACUUGUCCAGGGUCACACAGCAUAAAGCAUCUACCCAGCUGCCCUCUCCCCCUUUUUAAAUGUUUACAAUCUGUUUUAGAAUUAAUACUAUUAUAAUAAGCAGAGAAAAUAUUGUAUUUUGAUUGACAGAGACAUGUGACAUAGAAUCACAUGAGAGCCUGGGUCAAGAUUCCAAGGAGGGUGUGGUACCAACUGAAAACAGUCUUCUUGCUGAAAAUUUUGAUUGUAGCUAUAAUUUCCACCUAUCUACAAGAUAUCUGGCCCCUGUGAGAUACUAGCCUGAGGAGAGAGACUGCUUGCACAGGCUGCUGGCAGCUAGAGUGAAGAUAGAGAAAAGGACCAUCAAUCUCUACUGGGAACAGAUUUGGACUUUACCUCUGGGAUCUUGGCCUAUACCUGGACUCUGUUUAUGAGGUCUGUUUGGGGAGAACUUAACUUAUUUAGCUUAGGAAGGUAGCCAAUAGGAGAGUUAUUAGGGGGAAUUAGUUUAAGGGAUAAGAUUUAGAAAUUUCCCUUCUCCUUGUUACCCUCAUUCCUAUCCUAUUUCCCCAUUAAUAAACUCAAAAUAUUUAGAUGUUACCUCUUGUUUCUUCCCCUUAAAGAUCCCUUAAUAACAGUUCGCAGAGCUGGGUAGGUUAUAUUUAUUAAUUAUUGUUAAUUAUUUGCUUAAUUUUAAGAUUACGUAUAAUGAAUAUAUUUAGAGGAAAAUUCAGUUGAGCCAACAUUCUAAAAUCUCUCUGAGCUGCCAGGGGCUCAGAGGGAAGGCCUAAUGGAAUUCUGGGGGCUUGGCUUGCCUAGGGGAGCCAUUUUGAAUGCACCAUGUGCUCCUGGUGGCCAUCUUGGGGCAGCCAUCUUGGAGUGGCCAUUUUGAAAAAAAGUUUUUUAUAAUUUUGCAUAAUUUUUAAUAGCUUACAUAUUAUAUGUUUAUUGGAUACUGUAAUACCACCUAUACUGGUAUUAAUUCUAUAUUACUGGUUGAUGUAAACAUGUCCUCAGACAUGUUAGGCACAAUUUUAUUGUUAAUGUGGGAGUACAUAUUGUACAUCACUUAUGUUAUAUUUGUUGGUUUCCCAAGCAUAUGCCACCUGAUAUUGGAGUUUGAUUAGAUGAAAUCAGUCAUGGAAGUCAAGCUAAUUGAUGUAUUUGCUCAUGUUCCCCUAAGUAUGAUCUGCUGUUUUGUCCUGUAUAAGCCCCGUGCACCUGUGUUUGUUUUUGGGAAAUGACUAAAGGUAAUAAUCAUGUGGUUCACUAAGGAUUCUGAGUUAAAGGUCAUGGUAAUCCAUUUGAGAUACCAACCUGACAAUAUGGAACAUUAUAUAAACAACUUACAUAUAAACCAGAGGUUUGGAAACAAUGCUGACAAUAACAACAACAUCAAUUAUAACAACAAUAAUAAUGAUAAAAAUAAAUAUCAACAAUAAUAAAUCAUUAAGCAGACUAGGACAAGAAGAGGCAACAGGAAAGGUCAAUCUAUGUCCCCUUAGAGAUCUACCAAUAGUAACAAAGAAUGAAAUACACAAAGUAAAAACCCAUAAGAGAUAUUCUCCAGAGGACCUCAAAUCAAUAAAGAGAAGAACUCCAAAUUUUAGCAAUGAACCUAACAAGGUUAUUAAGGAGAUGAUUUUGCCCUCCUUAUGAAGGAAGUACUCACAAAGAGAGAGAGGAAUAAGUUCAUAAAAGAAACUAGAUCAGAUCUUCUUUUGCAAUCAUGGCCAGAAAAUUGUAAACUUGACACAGUUGAUGAUGGGGUAUAUGAAGAACUUAUUGAAGGCAGGGAUACCAUAUUGGAAGUCAUGGGGCUAUAUACAAAAUGGCCUAAUGCAUGGUCCAAGUUGGAGGCCAUUAAGCAAUAUCAGAAGCACCUGCAUUUUUCCUCGAGAGGAUAACCAAAGCAGCCGAAACUUUCCUGGAAAUGGAUGCACUUGAUGAAGGCACCAUUGUCCACAUCAAGCAUAUUUUUGUCAAGAAUGCUGUGCCAAAGGUUAGGCAUUUCUUUAAAUCCAAUUACCCAGAUUGGGAAGAGCUUGAUUUGGAGGAAUUGAAGAGAAAAGCCACGUAUUUAACCAAUGACCCUGAAGAGAAAAAUGAUGAAAGAGACUCCACUGUAGAGGAUUUAAAAAGAAAAUUGAGGGAAGCUGAAUUAAAGGCGAAGGAAAGAGAUUAAGGAGGUAAAAGCAGUAGCUGCUUUGAGAUCUGUGUAGCCAAGAAACAACAUACGCCUAGUGAAAGAAGUUCUAAAGCAUAAGAAUGACAAAUUUAACUUUAAUAAAUGAACCAUCACUUGGUUAUAUUAAAAAAUACUGUUCUCAAAUUUGUUAAUGCUAUCAAUGCACAAGGAAUUCAUGUUUCUAUACAUUUUGUUCAGUUUUUUUUUUCCCCCAGCGGUUAUUUGGUAAAUCGUAUCUCUUGUAACUGAAAUAAAGUUAAUGGUAUUUCUGGAA